UAAACACAAUAACUAAUAUCGAUUAUCUACUCGAGCGUAAAUUUCAUUCAAUUUUACUUAAAACACGUAAAUUAAAUGUGAUAGGUUGCAAGAGAUUUACACACGAAAUCUAUAUGAAUGACAAAGUGCGGGAAAUUCUAAUAAAAAUAUAUGAACUGAAUAAAGUAAUAAUAGUCUUUAACACUGACCUUGCUGCAGAACCAACGGAAGAUUAUGGUCAAAUCAUGGAUGUGGUUCACCUACAAUUGAUUAUUAAAUCAAAUCGUAAUGAAAUCGGGGAAGAAGAUAUUAUAAGCAUACCCACUGACAAAUUUCCUGAGGGCGACCAACUGGAAACACUUACGCUUAGCGUACAAGGUCUAAGAAACCAGUACAUAUCGCUGCAAAACUUGACGCAAACAUUCUUUAAAAAAUUCCGUGCCCUCAGACAGCUUGACUUAGCAGGAAAUAAUAUGAAAAUGUUGGACGCCAACAUCUUUGCAGCGCAAACAAAAUUGAAUAGUCUGAAUUUGAGUCGUAAUGAAAUCCGGGAAUUGCCCGAAAGUCUGUUUGAAUAUCAGCGUCAACUUCUUAUACUGGAUCUGAGUCAUAAUUCAUUGACAUAUCUAACGCCACACCUUUUCGAUGACACUCCUUGGCUAUAGCA